CCUCCCGCUGUCAGGUGACUUUUUAGCGUUAGAAGCUAAUAACCGUGGAUGCUCCGGGCAUCCAGUGAUGGACCCUGCUGCUCUCUCCAGGCGGAACGCGGCGCUGAGAUCAGUAGACUUGGCGGGGGCUCCUCGCCGCCACCACCGCCACCCCCCCCAGAGCAUGACAGGCUUCCCGGGCUUCGCCGGGCACCCCCACGCCACGGCGCCCACGCCGCCGGGGGAGCACGCCGCCGAGUCCCGCCUCGGGCCGCACCCGCUCCGGCCAGAAUACAUGGGGCACCGCCACCAUCCUCCUCCUCAUCCUCCUCCUCAGCAUCACCCCGCGGCCCUUAAGCUCAGCCCUGCCCCUCAUCCCCACCACCACCUCCACCACCACCACCACCACUAUCAUCAUCAUCAUCAUCAUCAUCAUCAUCAUAUGGCAGGCCAAGCCGAGGUGGUCUCUAGUCAAACGGGAGCGUUUGGCCCGGCGCAGUCACCAGCAGUCCCUUACCCCGUCUCUCACCCAGCCCAGGCUCUGGCAGCAGGUAGCUACCCCGGACACCAUGGUCACCACCACCACUCAGAAGCUGGGAAUCCCUCUCUAUUCACUGGACUCCAUGAGCAGCCUCCCCAUGCAGCUCCAGGUGGCCAUCUAAACGGACAGAUAAGACUGGGGUUACCUGGAGAAAUGUACGCCAGGUCUGAACAUUUCAGUCAAGUACCAGCCUCCAGGACAGAUCCUUUUGCUGCUUCUUCGCUUCAUAGCUACGGUGGCAUGAAUCUGAACGUGAACCUGGCUCCACACCACGGCCCGGGUGCCUUCUUUCGUUACAUGAGGCAGCCCAUCAAACAGGAACUCAUCUGUAAGUGGAUUGAGUUGGACCAGACUCCCAAAAAAUUAUGCUCGAAAACUUUCAGCACGAUGCACGAGCUGGUGACUCAUGUCACGGUGGAGCACGUUGGAGGACCCGAGCAGUCCAAUCACAUAUGUUUCUGGGAAGAGUGUCCAAGAGAAGGGAAACCUUUCAAGGCCAAAUAUAAACUUGUAAAUCACAUCAGAGUCCACACAGGUGAAAAACCUUUCCCCUGCCCUUUCCCAGGCUGUGGCAAAGUGUUUGCCAGAUCAGAGAAUCUCAAAAUACACAAAAGAACUCAUACAGGUCAGUAUGUAAAGCUCUCUUUACUCUCUCUGUGUGUUAUUCAGCAUACUGUUUUGCUUUAUUUUGUUUUUAAUGUAUCCUUUGCGUUGUUAUUGAAUGCACGCCAAGUACUUCUGGAAAAUAAAUUCUCAGAUUUGUUUGCUUCUUUACCGCUUGGAGGAGGGGGGAGGAUAGGAGGGGGAAAAAAGGAAGAGCGAGAACAAAUCUCAGAAUUCUCGUCCAUAUUUUUCUCUGGUUGUGCGGAGAGGCUGCUGUAAUGUUUAUGCGGGUAGAUCUGUGUAAAUAUCGAGUGAUAUAGCUACUAUUUCUGCUUAUUCACACAGGCGAGGGUGGGUUGUUGGUUUUUUUUUUUUUGGCAAUUUAAAGUAGUUGGGGAAAAAAUGAAAUCAUUGUGCAAGCUCACAAAUUAAAAGUGAACAAUAGAAGUUACUACUUGUCUAGUCAGUUUUGACUGAUGUCGCUGAGAUGCUGCUGCUCGAACAUUGUGAGAAUAACACAGCUGCGACCUUUUCGUUCAACAGUUUUGUUUUGGGCAGAGGGAGUUUCAAAUGUUUGAUCUGAAUAACAUUGACAUUUUUAAUGAGCAUUCCCUUCCAACGACUCUCUGCAUUCGCAAAUAUGGGGAGCUGCAAGUUCUGAUUCUCCUCGGGAGGGGAAAAAAAAAUAAAGGAGAAGAAAACUCGGUAUUGUUUCGGCCUGUACGUUUUGAAAUGUCAUUUGCAGAUCUGUUAAGCGAAACUGGGACAUGUGUCAGAAACAUCUGUUAGUUCUAGUUAACAGAAAAUGAAGUAACUCGAUGGACGAUCUUGCAAAACUACGUUUGAAAUCUUCCGGCCAGGAAAGCAUUUAUAAUUAAUGAAAUUGCAAGUAGAAAGUUUUCACACUUCCAGAAACAGCUUGUGAAGUUGUAUUAAUUAGUUUUGCAGACGGUGUUUGUAGUCUGUAGCGCUGGCCCUUUUUUUUCUU